AACGACAAACUGUCGACAUUAUCGAUAAGGAAUUUUUCGGCAAAUAUGCUGAACAAUCUGGGGGCCAAUGUUUUGGGUCCCAAAGAUUGUGAUAUACCCAAGGCUGCGCUGUCGGCCUUACAUGCUGGCGUCAAUAGUUUUGGCCAAUUGACAAACGGUCCACCCAACACGGGCGAUUUAACGCUGAACGGUGUUGGUGGCGGCGGAGGUGUUGGGGUUGCGGGGCGUUUACACGUCUCCAAUAAUUUAUGCGAUAACCCAAAUCCAUUGGGUAAUAAUAACAAUAAUAAUAGUAACAAUAAUAAUAACAGUAUGCAGCAACAGGAUCAGAAACGUCAUCGGACCCGAUUUACACCGGCACAGCUAAAUGAACUGGAACGAUGUUUUUCGAAAACCCAUUAUCCGGAUAUAUUUAUGCGUGAAGAAAUAGCUAUGCGUAUAGGAUUAACUGAAUCCAGAGUGCAGGUUUGGUUUCAAAAUCGCCGCGCCAAAUGGAAGAAACGCAAGAAGACCACCAAUGUUUUCCGUACCCCAGGUGCUUUGUUGCCCUCACAUGGCCUGCCACCGUUUGGUGCGAAUAUUACAAAUAUCGCCAUGGGUGAAGGUUUGUGCGGUUCGAGUAUGUUUGGCAGUGAUCGUUGGAGUGUUGGCGUGAAUCCCAUGACAGCUGGUUUUGGCCAACUCAAUCAAUCUUCAUCGCUAUCCUCAUCAUUGAAUGGUGGCCUAAAUUCUGGUAUUAAUUUAGGCUCGGCCAUGGGUGCUGGUAGUUAUCAACAUUAUGGAUUAAAUGCUUUAGGUGAUUCAAUGAUGUAUCAGCACAGUGUGGGCGGGGUGGGUUGUGGCGGUAAUGGUUCACCCACCGCAGCCACACCACCGAACAUGAAUUCAUGUUCUUCGGUAACACCGCCACUGUCGAACCAACCGAAUCCUAGUCAAAAUGAACUGAAUGGUGAUAUGAGUGCCCAACCACAUCAUCAACAGCAACCACCACCGCCACAGCAACAACAACAGCAGCAGCAACCCCCUCAACAGCAGCAACAAAAUCACCAACAACCCCAAAAUCAUCAUCAACAACAGCAGCAACAACAACAGCCACCACCACAUCAGCAGCAGCAACAGCAACAACAUCAACAGUCGUCGCAACACUCGGAUUCGAAUAACAACAGCCAGGGCGGACACCAGCAACAAAUUUUACCACAUUGUCAUCAGUCCAUGCAGUCACCAACAGAUGGCUCACCCGAAGAUGAUGUGUGGCGGGGUCAUAGUAUAGCCGCCCUCCGGCGUCGAGCUUCCGAGUUGAAUGCCACAUCGGGUAUACCAACGUAUUUGCAUCAUGCCGCCGCCGCACACAAUUCAUACGAACAUCACAAUUCGGUCUACUGAAAUUUGUUGAAAAGCUUUGAAAGCUUUUCGGAUUACGGAUUUCCCCAGUCAGAUUU